CAUAUUAUUACUUAUUCUAGACAAAACCUCACCAACUACACAUACAGGUCCCAAAUGACCACUCUAUAGACAAUGAGUCCACACAACAACACGUUCUAAAACACACAUAAAUGUGUAUCUGUAUCACUACUAAUCCAGGGGGCCGAACUUACGCGAAUGGAAAUUUUUUACGUGGCACCUAAAAAUAAAUGGAAAUAUUUUGAAACGAAAAUCUAGACAUUUGUUGGAUCAUACUCAGCUUUCUAAACAUAUAGAUAGUAUCUACAUAAAGACAAACUAAUAUUUUUCUAUUGUUGGUAUACUUGUAUUAAAGAGUAUUGAUGAACUAUUCCUCAGUGUAAACAAGUGAAUUUUUGAAGAUUUUAUUUUAUUACUAUAACAAAUUAAUAAGCAGAUAUGGUUAGCACAAGACAGUUUCGAGCCAUUGGGUUGGGUGUGAUUGUCGUAAUAUUGGUCACUAUAUUAUAUCGGUCUAAUUCAAAGACUUAUGAGCCAGUUAAUGAAUCAGUUGUUGGUUCUGCUUCAGUAGGAUCAGGAGCUCUGGUUGACUUAAAGAAGGGAAGCUCUGUAGGCGGUGGAUCUGGAGCUGGAGCUGGAGCUGGAGCCGGUGCAGAAGUCGCUGGAGCUAUUGGUGCAGCAGUAGGUGGAUCUGGUGGUAUCAGUAAUUUAAUCGAAUCGAAGAAUAAUGAUAAACAAGAUGAAGCCAUAAAUCAAAGAAUCUCCAAAUUAACUGAUGAGAACAAGGAGGUAAAGGAUUCAAGUAACAAGCCAGCUGCAGAUGUUAAAGUUGAUUCUAAAUCAACGCCAGAUACCGAAAAAGCAGCAGAAGGAGCUUUCGAUCCUUCUCAGAGUUUACUAGAAAUCAGAUCUCUCUCUCCUAUGACUAUAUUUUCUAAAACUUACUGUCCUUUCUCCAAGAGAAUUAAGUCGUUGUUGGCUGACAAUUAUGAAAUCUCCCCUAAAUACACCGUGGUUGAAUUAGAUAAACAUGAACAUGGAAAGGAAUUACAAGCAUAUCUUGCAGAAGUUACCGGUAGAAAUACAGUUCCUAAUGUGUUAGUUGGUGCAUCUCAUGAAAGUAGAGGAGGAGCUGAUGAUUUCGUUAAAUUGCACAAGGAUGGCCUUUUAGCUCUGUCAAUUGAAACUUGGGGAAAUUCCAAGAUUUCUGUUAAAAAGGUUAAUCCACCAUCUAAUGUUUAAAUAAUGAUUUAGUUUUAUUUUAUUUUAUGUAUGAAUCUAAGAACGGAGUUUAUCAUAAUUGUAUAGAAUUAAUAGAUAUAGACUUCACUUAAAGACCUUUAUUUUAAACUACAUACACAUGCUU